UAUUAAAUUAAUAAUAGUUGGACGAAAUUUAUCUUUUUAAAUUUUUAUUUAAGAAAAUAAUAAUGUUGUGUGAAAAUAGUUGAUUACGGGAUGUGAUAUUGAAGAAAGGAAAUGUAUCGCAGGAUAAUUUUCGUAUUUGCGAUCUCAAUCGUCAUUACUUUACAGACGACAGAUUUUCAAGAUAACCUAAUAAAUGGCUACCGAGCACUGAUUGCGGACAUUCAGGUCCGAACACAGAAAUCCCGAGAGGAUAUGGACACGCUCGUGUCCCAAAUAAAACUGCUAAUGAAGAAUGAAGCAGACAAAGCCAUUAACUACAUGACUGUGUACCUCGAACAAAUAUCUUUGUACUUCCAGGUGAUAAUACACGACCGUAAGCCUCGGAACGGAACGUAUUGCAAAGAGAGCAUAGUUAAGCUGCUCGGAGAAAAUUUGCAGUUGGCGGACGAAAAUGUCACAUUAUGCUUGGCGCUCGGUUACCAAAGAGUACAGAGAUUACCAGAAAAACUACAAGUUCACUUCGAAACAUUGGAGAAUUUGAAGAAGUAUUCCGCCUCGAAGUUAUUUGAAUGCCAAAAACAACAGCAAGUUGGUGGAAACUGCUCCCAUGAGAGUCAAGAUCUUGAGAGAACUGUUUUCCUUUACGAAACAUCACCAUUCCCGGUAGUGAUGGCAGAAAUAGCAAUCCACGGUUUCAAAGAAGUGUCGGACCUUAGUGUGUGUCUCAAAGAUAUCAUUUCCCGAAUGAUGACACACUCCGUCAAGGUUAUCGGUGACUUCAAUAGAUGCAUCCACAACAUUGAAAUGCCAAAAUUAAAGUAUUUACUCAAGUUUAUGAAGAAGUAUGCUUAAUAAGUUGUUUUGUAUACUUGGUUCCAAUAGGGUUGCCCGUUUUUAUGUUGUUUAAUGAUUUGCGGCCAAAAUUAAUCGAUCUCAAGCUAAAAUUAUGCAAAAUCAUUGAUUCGACAUUAGUUUUAUUGAAUUACUGUCAAAAAUCUACAUAAAUUGGUCCAUUUUUGUUUUGAAUAAAGUUCGGUUAUUAAUUUUGGCUGUUAUUGUUAUCGAAGAUUUUUUAUUAUAAUGCAUACUUUUAGUUAUAGAGUUGCCAAGGGUUACUUUUUAAGUUACAAAAUGUUUAUAAAUAUUGAACGUUGUAGUUACUUUACCAUUAAGGCUGUAACAGACCUAGCUAGAAUAUAUAUUAAUAUAUAGAGCUAUAUAUUAUAGUAUAGGUAGCUACCAUAGACAGGAGCUAGCUGCAUACAUUUUGGUGACGUCACAGAAAUAUACUAUAACUGUGUGUGUGGUGACUAAAAAAUUGUAUUGAAAAUAUACGAUAAUAUGCCUUGGUAUACCUUGCUAUAAUGUAUAUUACAGCUAAGUCUGUGACGGCCUCAUUAGUGAAUAUUCUACUAUGUUUUAUAGGGUUUUUAAUAGAAACGUACAUUAAUGGAGAUUAAAUCAAGUUAUUCUUGGUAUUAAAUUGAAGUGAAUAAAAUGGCAACCCUUAGUAUGAUUGGUGAUUUGUAUGGGUUAAUCAAAAUGUAAAUAACGUGUGUUCUAUUAACAUUCAAAUAUUAAAUUGUAGUGAAUUUAUUU